AUGUCCAAGAAAUCAACCAAAGCAAGCGGUGGCAAACAUUCAAAGGCGGGAAAAGAUGAACAGCCUAGCAAGCCAGUAUCGUCGAAUGGUCCCGUACUGGUGGAUACCAAGACGGGAAACUUGAUCGUAAAGAUUGUGGCCAAACCGGGCGCAAAAACGAGCGGAAUUACGGAUGUUAGUGAAGAAGGAAUCGGGUGCCAAAUCGCUGCUCCUCCGAUCGAUGGUGAAGCCAACACGGAACUGAUUAAAUAUCUUUCCAAACUGCUAGAGCUUCGGAAAAGUGACAUCAGUCUCGAUCGGGGUUCCAAAUCACGCCAGAAAACGAUCGUACUAGAUAAAGAUAGUUGCCGGCAUACCGCGGACCAGUUAAUGGCCAUAUUUCACAAAGAAGCAUCUAACAGCAUCCGGUAG